CCUCUCCCCAAACCAAAGAAAAUACUUUAAAAAAAAAUGUACGUACUCCAGAUCCACACCGUCGACGAUUUUCCCAACCCCUUCGCCACCACCAGCUCCGCCGCACCCGGCCCGAAAUCUAGCACUACCAACAGCUUCGCCGAUGUAACCGAACUCAAAGGCGUGGUCCACCUCUUCCGCAACCUCUCCCCCGCCACCGCCUCUCUCACCAGCCCUAGCUCUCGCUCCACCACCCUCUUCGUCGCCGCCGUACCCAAUUAUCUUUCCCCCGAAGACUUCCUCCUCUUCUGCGGGUCCCACCUCGAUCACUUCUCCCAACUCUGCUUCCUCAGGAAUGAUGGAAUGGAGGAUCGUUACAGUGUUCUCAUCACGCUUGUCAAUCAGUUGACGUCGGAUGGAUUUUAUUGUAGUUUCAAUGGAAAGCGGUUCAGACCAUCGGAGGCUGAGGUCUGCCACAUAUAUUUUACUCAGUCGGUGGUGUGCUAUAAGUUUGAAAAAGAGGCUGGUUUGCCUCCCCACGGAUUCAUUGAAUUGCCAACUUGUCCUGUUUGUCUUGAGAGAUUGGACCAAGAUACUAGUGGAAUACAGAGUACACUGUGUGACCAUUCAUUUCAAUGUCCUUGCGUUUCAAAGUGGACGUAUUUGUCUUGCCAGGUCUGUCGGCUUUGUCAGCAGCACGAUGAGAAACCACGGUGCGUUGAUUGUGGAACAUUGAAGAAUUUGUGGGUUUGCGUGAUAUGUGGUUUUGUUGGAUGUGGAAGAUAUCAAGAAAAACAUGCUGUUCGACAUUGGGAAUAUACACAACAUUGCUUUUCUCUUGAGUUAAAAACACAGCAGGUUUGGGAUUAUGUUGGUGACAUCUAUGUUCACCGCUUGAACCAAUCAAAAGCUGAUGGGAAGUCGCAAAUGAUGAAUUCUCGUUGUAUGUUGAUUCAUGAAGAAUGUGGAACUUGUGGAUGCAGUGAGGAUUCUGGCAUUAGUGAGGCACUUUUUGACAGCAAAGUUGAAGCGAUUGCGGAUGAGUACAAUCGUCUUCUCGCAACCCAGAUGGAGACUCAGAGACAAAAUUUUGAAUCACAACUCAUAGAGGUGAAAUGUAAAAAGGAGAGUUCCAUAGCUGAAGCAGUGGAGAAAGCUUUGUCUUCAAGGAUGCAGGAUAUCCAAUCAAAACUAGAACAAUAUGUCGACGAAAAGAAGACUGUUGCUGAUACGAAUCAAUGUCUUAUGAAAAGACAAGAAAUCUUGCGGAAAGCGGUCAAGGAAAUUGAGGAGAGGGAAAACUCAUCCCUUAGAUCAAGAGAUGAAACGAUACGGGAUUUGGAAGAACAGAUUAGAGACUUAAAAGUGUACAUUGAAGCCCAGAGAACAGUUGCUACCAUGAAUGGCAUCAAAGGAGGAACACUUUUACCAGUACAAUCGAACCUUCCCUCCCCUGCCAAUUCCAAAAGGCGGACAAAAACGAUUCGAAGGCGUAGUUAGAUAAUCUUUCCGUGUAACCCAAUAGGUGGCCCAAUAGACUGGGAUUGUGGAGCAACUCGGUUGCUUAUUCCGUCAAAAUGCCAAAAUUGGGGGCCAAAGCGAUUGUUCUUCCCUCCUGUACAGUUGACAUUCAAACUGAAAAGUGAUGAAGUUUGUUACUACUUUUCUUUCUUUA